GAUGUCCUAUAUAAACUCAAACACUUUCUUAUCACAAUGUACACUAUUACUCCAGGCAAGAGGAACUAUCAGUUAAUCUACUGAUUUUCCGUAGGUUGUUGUAUAGAAAUGUAUCGCUAUUUAGCAACUGUGUUGGUCCUGAGCACGUGUUCUUAUGUGGAGUACGUAACGUGCGACUACUCGUGCUUUUGUAAUUAUGCUCUGAGUGCUGAGGUUCAUGCAGACAUGGACUUUACGUCAAGGAUACUAGGAUAUAUGGAUAGGUUUGAUUGUAAGCCAGUUUACACAUCCGCAACGACCGAUGGGUUUUGGAUCGCGAUAGAAUUCCAACAUGAGAUCGGCUAUGUCAAUGAACGCCGAAUCAUGAACUGUCAAGGGAAUCCCAGACACACUGACAAAGUCACUACGAUAGCGGAAACAUCACUAGGAACUUCUACUGCAGCAACAAUGAACACAAUGAGCACAACAUUUCAAAAUUAUUCAUUAGCAUUACACACAACUGAAGCCAGCAAAACAAAAACUUCUGGUAACACAGCCACCACCAGAAUGAACACUCCAAUCGUAACAACACAAAUAGCCAGCAUAGAAAGCACUAGGGAUGCUUCCACAACAACAAUGGAAAAACCAACAUCAACUAUACCAUCGUCAUCAGCAUCAACAAAUGUAAACACUCAACUUCCAAGCAGCUGUCCUGACGUAGUAAAGAAUCAUGCAGAAACAUAUCAUGGAGCCACGUUAUUCCAAGGCAGUACCUGUCUUGAACUCGUUACCUACCCAAGCGACUGGGUGAGCGCGGAAACCAACUGCGCGUUGCGUGGAGGUAAUCUGGUUGAUAUUCUCAAUCAAAUGGACGAAGACAUGGUUAUCUCGUUUCUACAGUCUAAUCACGUCACGGGUAAUGUUUGGAUUGGGCUGAAUGACAGAGCUAACGAGGAUACAUUUGUCUGGUCAUCAGGUCAUCCGCUGUCAUAUUCUCAUUGGAUAUCGGGGGUAAAUGGAACGCUAAAUGUUCCGUUCUUACAUUACGCUCAUGACUGCGUGGCACUGAUUCCAGAUUUUACAGUCUUCAUUAUUCACCACAAAGGGGAAUGGGACGAUUUCAGCUGUAGUGAAAACCAUCCCUUUAUCUGUCGAUAUGAACAUAAACGUUACCAAGAGGUUAUUAUUGGCUGACAGGAAUGAUUGUAAUGUAGUGCUUUAGUAUUGUGAAAUAAAACAUCAGCUGCGAGCUGACAAGCUGACGCGGUUGAUUUUAAUAAAGUG